AGCAUAUAUUUUUCUAUUUCAACAAUAAUAUAUCAGUGCAAGUGUUGAAAGAAAGUAUAUUCAUAAAAAAAUCAAAAAUGCAUUCUAAAAGUAAAUUUUUAAUAGCGCUUACUUUGAUUUCUUUACUGAUGGUUGAAAAAAAUUCAAUUUAUGGAAGAAACCAUGUAGAAGACACGGGAAUCAGGCCAUUCAAGGUUAAAAAUGAUAUUUGUUGUAUUUAUGAUAAUUCAUUAGUAAUUGAUUAUAUGUUGUUCAAAAGAAAAUAUAAGCCGUUGGUAGUAAUUAUAGCAGAUAAAUUUAUUGACAGUAUAAACAGAGUUAGAAGUUUGAGUGACAACAAAAGGAUAUUAAAUGAUAAUAGGAUCAAGAAAAAUCCUUAUUACAGUCAGUUAUAUCAAAUUAUAUUGGAAAACAUCUAUCUAUUCCAAGCGAAUGACACAUAUUAUUUUAUUUAUCCAGUAGAAUUUCAAGACCAUUUUUUGACCAUAUAUUCCCAAAAGAAGUUGUUAGAUAUCAAUUUAGGCAUUACUUUUGAUUUUGUUAAUGUAAAGAAAGAGUUUCCUUUCUAUGAAGAUAUUUUAAUUCCAUUGGAACCAAGCUGCACAAAUUGCACUCUUGUAAAAUAUGUAAACGAAAAAAUUCAGAAAGGUGAAAGCUUCUCCGAAUUAUUCGAGUUACGUAAACAAUUAUUUAGAGAAAAAGAAACAAAAAACUUAUCCUCUACAGAAGUUAACGAUUAUGAUAUUUGCGAUUCGAUUCGGUUUUACAUAAAUCCUCAAAGCAUGAGUUCUUUACUGCACUUUAACUCGACACUAAACAAAAUUCAAAACAAUAGGGAGAGUGCAGAAAAAAACAAAAGAUUUACUGUAGAAAGAAGUUUAAUUUGCUUGCAGUCAAGAGGUCUGGAAGUGACAGAAGAGAUUAUUUCCAGAAAUCAAAGUAAACCUAAUCUAAGAAAGCUUAUGAAUACGAUGGAUUAUUUACAUUGGAUUAUUAAUACUGUAUUUUCCUUAAAGAGCAAUGAUAGUUCAUUUGGCAGUCUCUGUGAAAAUAAACACGAAUUAGAAAUACUUAAAUUAUUUUGUUUUAUGAAACAAAUAUCAGAUGUUACAUCUCACAACAUACCAAUGUGGAUAGAUCACCUAAAACGGUUUGUUGCAAAACCAUUGAUAAGAAAAAUCGAUUGGUUUAGAAGAAUAAUAUUUUUGCAUACAAAUGAUUAUAUUAUUGGAAGUGAUGCAAUUUCCUCCGUACUUGAUGAUCUUAAACAGAAAAUGUUAACUGUUAGCGAAAAUUUAAGUUAUUUAAUGAAUAAUACCUAUAAGAUUGUUGUGGAUUCUUUGAGUGUAAAUACUAGUAAUGCCCAUACACCUACGAGCAGAUCAAUCUGUACUAUUUACGAACAUUGGAAAACAAUUGAUGAUCUACUUCUUGAGGUGAAAUUCAAGAAAUUAGUGAUAAUCGUGACAGAUAAUAUGAGAACAUUAUUUACAACUGUUAAACAAAUAAGAAAUAUUACAGUCGUAGUACCAAAAUUAAAGCGCAAAGAUCUUCAUCAUACAGAACAGUUUCUGUAUGAUGAAAUUAUGAAACAUAUUUAUUUGUUUCAACGCGAUGAUACUCAUUAUUAUGUUUAUCCAACAACCAUCAAUAGAUAUCGCGACUCAUUGAUUAGCUACAUUGAAUACAAGAUGAUUAAAGAUUAUAGCAAUGUUUUAUUUUAUUUUGUAAACUCUACAAAUUAUUUUUCUUUCGAUAAACCAAUUCAUCUUGAUCACAAUGAUUUGAUUGUUCCUGCACUACCCGAAUAUUGUAGCAUAUAUUCAGGAAACUGUCAGAAGCGCUUUAUAAAUCCUUUAUAUUUAAUAAAAGUACAUCAAGAAUUUCAUAAUCAGUUUCCAGAAUAUAUUUCUACAUAUGCUUCCCUUUAUGAAAACUUGACAAAAUUUAUAACUAAUAAAUUUAUAGUUUAUACAGGUGUUAAUUACAUGAUGUAUUCUAAAAAAUUUUAUGAAUUUUUCGAAAAACGACAAAUUUUUUUUGAUACAAUCUAUACAUUUAAAGAUUUGCCGUGCUUAAUUACGAGGAAAUUAAAUAAUAGAACCGAUAUUGAUUUUAGUAUGACUGAAUUAGGUGAUGUUUUUUACUUUAAAAAUUUACUACAAUCUGCUCAUCUCAACAUAAUGUUAAUAAAAGACACAAACAGUAAUAAUUUAAGAUUUCUUUGUAAUAAUAAAGAAAUGUUUAAAUUUCUCAAAUUUUAUUGCUUUCUAAAAAUAAAUUAUAUUAAUAUGCUAAAAGUUAUUGAUCAGAAAUCUUAUAAAAUCAGCGACAUGAAAAGUAUUGUUGAAAAUGAAGAAAAUUAUGUUCUCGAAUAUUUGUUAAAAACGAAUGAAUGGGUGGAUAAAUUAUUCUCAAUGAAUUACAUUGAUUAUAAGUAUAAUGAAACUCGAAUGUUUAAAGAAUCAGAUGCUCUUUACUCUCAAAUACCAAAAAUUACCUCAAAUGGUACUGAUUUGUCUAACAAAAUCUAUUCGAUUGUUAAAAACAGUAAGAUUUUUUUGCAAUGUCAGGAACUUAAAAAUAUAUUUGAAGAAGAGCAAUUAAAAUUGUGUCUUGAAGAUUAUUAAUAAUAAAUAAUAUUUUUCAUUA